CCGAAUUAUACAGUUUAUUUAGCUACAUGUCACUAAAAACUCCUCGCUACUAAAUUAGCACAAAGCAUGUUAAACAAUUGGUUGCAUUGACUGAAAUCAGUUGCAGUUGCAAACAAAAAAUUAGGAAACGCUGAAACUGAAGUAAUAAAAAACGAACAAUAAAGAAUCAGGAAGCACCAGAACUAAAACUCAUUAUAUGUAAUCUACUUGGUGGCUCUGGAAUGCGAUGAAGAUCAAAUUCUUAUCCCUCAUAUAUUUUGUAAUUGUAUGCAUCAGUAUAAGCUCAGGUUCAAAGCGGAACGUCUUGCUAAUAGUAGUCGAUGACCUUCGACCUGCACUAGGUUGCUAUGAUUUUCCCAAAAUCAUCAGUCCAAAUAUUGAUCAGUUGGCUUCAAAAAGUGUUUUGUUCAACAACGCGCAUGUUCAGCAAGCUGUCUGUGGUCCAAGUCGCACUUCUUUUUUAACAAGUCGCAGACCAGACACUACAAAACUUUACGACUUUGGUUCUUAUUGGAGAACUCAUGCAGGGAAUUUUACGACUUUGCCACAACAUUUCAAAGAAAAUGGGUACUUCGCUUAUUCCAUCGGGAAAGUCUUUCACCCAGGAAAAUGUUCUAAUGGCACAGAUGAUUUCCCUUAUUCUUGGUCUGUACCUGCUUAUCAUCCAUCAACACAGAAAUAUAAAAUGCAAAAGGUUUGUCCCAACCCAGAUGGGACAUUGUCAAUGAAUCUGUUGUGUGCCGUCAAUGUUUCAACUCAACCUGAGAAAACCCUACCUGAUAUUCAAAGCUCAGACCAUGCUGUGGAAAUACUGAAGCAGUUGGAGAAAGAUCAACAGAAGGAGCCAUUUUUUCUAGCUGUUGGUUUUCACAAACCCCAUGUUCCAUUUAAAUUCCCUGAAGAAUAUCUUGAGCUUUAUCCAUUGUCUAAAAUCGACUUGGCUCCGGAUCCGUUUGUUCCUAAAAAGCUUCCAACAGUUGCUUACUCACCUUGGACUCCUUUACGAAGAAGAGAUGACGUAAUAGCACUCAACUUGUCUUUCCCUUAUGGACCCAUUCCUGAUAUUUUUCAAAGAAAGAUUCGCCAGCAUUAUUUUUCUUCAGUUAGUUACAUGGAUGCAAUGGUGGGAAAAGUACUCAAUCAAUUAACACUUAGUGGAUUUGCAAACAAUACCAUAAUAGCCUUUGUCGGAGAUCAUGGCUGGUCAUUGGGAGACCAUGGUGAUUGGUGUAAGUUUGAAAAUCUUGAACCUGUGACUCGAGUGCCUUUCCUCUUCCAUAUUCCACAAAUGACAACAACCAGUAGUAAUUUCAAAUUUCAAGACCCUUUUGAAUCUGCCAACAUCGGAAAAGUUUUUCAAAAAAUGCAACUGAAAUCUGAUGCACUUGUUGAGCUUGUUGAUCUGUUUCCUACUUUGUCUGAUCUUGCUAACUUGCCUCAGAUACCACUGUGUAAUAAAAAUUCCUCAAAAACACAACUUUGUACAGAAGGAUUGAGCAUGGCAACAUUACUUGAAAAUGUAGUCCGUGGCGAAGAAACACCAUGGAAAAAUGCGGUUUUCAGUCAAUAUCCCAGACCUUCAGUGGAACCCCGAGAAAAUUCUGAUUUGCCUAAAUUGAAAGAUAUUCGUAUAAUGGGGUAUACCAUGAGAACUAAGGAUCAUCGAUAUACUGAAUGGAUUGGAUUUGAUCCUGUAACAUUCUAUGCAAACUUUUCACAGGUGUAUGCAAGGGAACUUUACCUGCAUGAUAUUGACCCCCUUGAAGAUAACAAUGUUGCAUCAGAACCUUCAUCCAAACAGCUUGUACGAAAAUUAAGAAAAAAACUAAUUGCAGGCUGGAGAAAUGCAUUGCCCAAAUAAUGUAGUUCAGUGGAAUAGGAAAAAGUGUGGAAUGUUUCUGAAUUUCAAACUUCUGGUAUCAAGUUCAUAGUUUUUGAUUGUCUGUUAGUAUUCGUUUCCUCAUCCGACUAUUACACUGAUUUUUGUGACUUG